CCAGAAUUAGUAUAGACUAUAUACUGUGUAAUGUACGAAACAGCUGAUCACCGAGGAUAGUAAAAAAGAAAAUCUAUAUUAUAAUUGGAAGACUAUUAAAAAGUAGGUUAAAAAAAGGUCAUUCGAAAAAGACAAUACUGUUACGCGAAUAUUUUACAUCAAGAUUUAUUUGUGGAGCUAUAUAGAAUUACGAAAGUGUGAGUUCUCUGGUAUAACAGAUGUUUGUUGUGAGAAAUGUCACAAAUUGAUAUUCAGGAUUUAUUUGAUAAAAGCAGGUUUUCCAGUAGUUGGUAUCGUAUACCUUUAAUAUUAUAUAUACCAGUGGGUAUAAUACUUGUAUUAGUACGACUUUUCAUCACUCUACAGCUUUGGCUUCUUGCAUCAUUAUUACCAGAUUGCAACACACUUCGUAUAUAUUUACAUCAUUGUCUUAGUUUUGCAUUUGGUAUUGUCGUCAAAGUAGAUCCAGAAGGGGAGUCUAGAGACAAACAGUCAAGAAUUAUAAUUGCUAAUAAUGUGUCAGUUUUGGAUCAUUUCGCUUUGCAUCGAGCGAUGCAAACAUUAAUGCCUAGUGUAUGGGAAAUACCUACUGCUCUCAGUUAUGCAUUGGGAUUGCAAGAAAUGAAUAUGAGUAGUAAAGAAUCUCUAAUUGCAAAUAUAAAACAAUGUCUUUCGACAUCUCACUGUAAUAUUGCAUUACAACCUGAAUUUGGUACAACUAACAGCCGCAUUGCUUUAUUGAAAUUCAACUCAUGGCCCUUUAGUAUAGAAACUUCUGUUCAACCUGUUGCUAUUAAGGCAACAAGGCCCGCAAUUACAUCUGUACAAAUUACAUCAUUGGCAUCUACAUGGUGGACAGAUGUUUUUUGGUUUAUGUAUGUUCCAUAUACAGUUUUUACUUUAAAGUAUUUGAAAAUUAAAAGAAAUACAGAUCAUGAAUUAUUAACGAGAGAAGUAGAGAAGGAUAUAGCAAAUGCUCUAGGACUUAAUGUGAGUUCUCAUACUGUAUCAGACAAAGCAGAAUUUGAAAAGCGUUGCAUCAUGGAAAAAGCACACACCAGAAUACUUCCUGCAAGAGGAUCACAAAAUACAACAGGAAUGCAUAAUAUAGAAAUACAAAGAAUGGCAAGACAGGUCAGUGAAGUGCUUCCAUUCGUUCCACAUAAUGUGAUAUUACGCGAUCUUUUAAAAACCAGGAAUGUUGAUAUCACUAUAGCCAAUAUUCUUGAUGGAAUAGUUGCUUAUACUCCUGAAUCUAAUUCUCAGACAACUACAUCUGUAGCAUCUGCGAGCAAAAUACAAACAAGUGUAACAAAAGAUAAUAAUUGUUUUGGUACAAUUUCAUUCCAAGAAAGGAAAGCUCAAAUGAUCAGAGAAGCUAGGGAAAGGUAUAUUCAAAAACAUGGACUGAAAAAUUGCUGACAGUCUUAUUCUUCU